AUGUCUGAAUUGGUGCCACCAUUAGAAGAUUUGGAUAUUAAUCGCAAGAGACAAGAUUUUGUGGACAUCACAGACAAGUUUUUCGAACUUACCAAUGAAAUACAAUACUCACACAUUGUCAAAUCAAAAGAGUUUCCACUUUUGCACGGAACCCAUGCCUUGGAAAUAUUGAAUCCCAGGCUUGACACUUUUCUUUUAGAGGAAGUCAUUUACGAUAUUUCAGAUAGUGCGAAUGAAUUGACGUUGGAGGAAACCACCGCAAUUAUAGGUAAUCUUUUGAAGUCACUAACAUCAUGGAUGGGACAGAACGUCAGCAUUCCAAAUAGUAUCUUGUCUUGUGAAUAUAUCUCCCAGAUUCUUGAGAUUUAUACCAAGGAUAUAUCAUUAGAAAGGGUAUUGACAAAGUUCAAAAGUGGCUCAUUAAAUGAAAUUAUCAUCAAGUUCUCGAUACUCUUGAUCUCAACCGUUAGGUUUAUACUUGCAUUGGCCAUGAAGUCUCAAAUUUAUGAGGAGGAAGAUUUGAAUACCAGUACAAUGAACUUAAAUUGGCUAUACGAGCUAUCUCCUAAUGAGAUUAUUAAGCACAGCUUGGUUUCUCCUAAAACGUGGAAAUCGAUUCAAGAGAACGUGGAAGAAAAUGAUGAUAUCAAAACUAAACAUAUAUCUUUAUUGAAGAAUGCGUUUACGAUUUUGCAAUCCAUAAAUAGCCUAGAAUCAAUCUAUCAGUGGGAUAUCAACUUAUUUCAUCUCAAGAGCUCGCAUGAUUUGACUUCAAAAUUGGGCAACAAACUAACACAGUUGGAAAAUGUUGUUGAGAAAUUAAAUGAAUUUGAAUCGAUUGAUAUUGACGGGAUACAUGUACCAAGGAAUUGUUUUAACGCAAACUCUCAGAUUAAAUUCGAUAAUCAGGCACCACCAAAAGUAUUGCCAGUUGUUUCUUCUAGUUGGAGUGAUUGUACGCUGAAUCUUAUCCAACUUUUCAACGAUUGCUCUGAUGUUUUGAAAACAGUCCAAGCAUCGAAUUCCUUGGAAUUCAUGGAAUGGCUUAAAUACCUUGAAAAUAAACGGAAUAACAACGAUGCUAAUGAAAUUAAUGGAUUACAUAUUUUUUCAAGGGUUCUAUUUUUUUCAUUCAUAAAUAGCAACAACCAGCAACAAGAGCAAGACUUUGUUUUUCGAGAUAAGAAUCUCAGAUUCAAAGACCUUUUUUAUUCCUAUAUGAAGGAACUAUUACUUGAUGGUUCGAAAAUUGAUUUAGAGUUUCAGAAAAGGAUUAAGAAUGUAGAUGCAAUGCAACAGAUCGAAUAUUAUCUGGAAACUGUUUCAUUGCUAUUCAAGGAGUCGCUAUUUUUACCUACUUUGAACCCAUCAAGGCAAAGGCAGUUUAAAUGCAAAGAGUUGAGAUACUGGAAUAUGAGGCAAGUUGAAACGGGUCAGCUAGAAGAUUAUUUCAGGCAAAUUCAUUUUUACACUCCCAGCGAGAGAUACUACCCUUUAACGUCUGUCAUUAUCUUCUUCAAGUUAAAGUGUAUACUUGAAGUUAUCCUCAAAAGUAUUGAGUUGAACUUAUUCAAAGAUAUCAGAGAAUAUGUUUCUGUUUAUUACCAAGUUAUUGUUUUGGUAUAUCAUCUAAAUCAUCACCUUGAUAAUAUGUUGGGCAUUGCUAACAAAUCUAAGAAAUCCAAACUCUCACUUUAUUUAUUGUACCUGAAGAAUGAGUACAACAUGAUCUACCAAUUAUCUAUCCUAAAGGCUAAAGGUUAUGAAUUAAUGACUUAUCUUGGAUUUUAUUAUUUACCAAAAAACUUGAUCCAUCAAUUAUCAAAUAGAGAAGACUUGCUAUAUAACCUCCAAUGGAGACAAUUUAACAAUAUAACCGAUCCAGAGAUGCUGAGUUAUCAAGAUUUUAAAUCCAGGCUACAAGUAAAUGAGAAAGUUUAUCAAAAUGAUUUUGCGAACUACAUUGAAAGCCUAAACGGUGAAGCAAAACUUUUAGUAGGUGAAUUCAACAAAUCUUUCAAGUUCCUCAAUAUUUUGUUGGACAAGCUAGACUGGUUUCAUGAGCUGAAAUCUAUAAAAAGACUAGAAUUUGAGAAUCUACAUGGAGAAAUUCACAAAACAAAAACGGAUAUCGAAAACCUUAUCAGAUUUGCAAAGUCCAGUGAGAGUAUUGCUGGCCACACUAUUAAAAUCAGCAAACUGGGCAGACACUGCUACUUCCCCGGUUUUGAGAUUAUCGAGAAAACUAAUAAUUGA